UUACUCUCUCUCUCUGGAUCUGAAUUUCCAGAAAUAAUUCCGAGCUUGUAGAGAGAGAAUUUCCCGUCCAUCUUCAAACAUCUCUUGGUAUGUGCUUCCUAUUACGUUCAAUUUUCCAUGAGAUCUUUUUCCAUCCGAAAAAGCAAUUUCUUUACAAAAAUGGGGCUGUCUUUCACCAAGCUCUUCAGUCGGCUUUUUGCCAAGAAGGAGAUGAGAAUACUAAUGGUGGGUCUUGAUGCUGCUGGUAAGACCACCAUAUUGUACAAGCUCAAGCUGGGAGAAAUCGUCACAACCAUUCCUACAAUCGGAUUCAAUGUUGAGACAGUUGAAUACAAAAAUAUUAGCUUUACUGUCUGGGAUGUUGGUGGCCAGGACAAGAUCCGUCCUUUAUGGAGACAUUACUUCCAAAACACUCAAGGUCUUAUUUUCGUUGUGGAUAGCAAUGAUAGAGACCGUGUAAUUGAGGCAAGGGAUGAACUUCACAGGAUGCUGAAUGAGGAUGAACUGAGGGAUGCUGUGCUGCUUGUAUUUGCCAAUAAGCAAGAUCUGCCUAAUGCCAUGAAUGCUGCUGAGAUUACUGACAAACUUGGUCUGCACUCUCUUCGUCAACGUCAUUGGUAUAUCCAGAGCGCGUGUGCUACAUCGGGAGAGGGGCUGUAUGAAGGCUUGGACUGGCUUUCCAAUAACAUUGCCUCCAAGGCAUAACUGCCUUAGCCUGAUGCUGUCCACUGUCCACAUCUCCGUUCCUGCAAUGUUGUUAUUGAUUGAUUUAUUAAUUACCUAUAUUCUUCUUUAUUUUUUUGCUAAAAAUUAGCUAUGUUUUGAAUGUCUACUUAUAUGGUAGUAACAUGGGCUUGUCCUCUUUGUAUGCUUUAAAUAAUUAAAAAUGUUACAUAAAUAAAAACCUCUUUACAUUA